CUUCCGGCAAAUAUGGCUUCACAUUCCUGACUGUGGUGUUUAAGACAAAACAAACACACACAUUCACUCAGGAGUGAAUUUAAUCGUGUUUUAACCAAACAGUUAACGUUGUUAUUUAGAUAAAGACAGUCUGCUGUGUUCUGGACCGGAUCUGACCGCUGCUGUCGUCAUGGAAACAGAGGAACAGGCCAGGAACCGUUUCCAGUCUGAACUGGAGUUCAUCCAGUGUCUGGCCAACCCAAACUACCUCAACUUUCUGGCUCAGAGAGGUUUCCUGAGAGAAAGACCGUUCAUCAACUACCUCAAGUACCUGCUGUACUGGAAGGAACCCGAGUACGCCAAGUUCCUCAAGUAUCCUCACUGCCUCCAUAUGCUGGAGCUGCUGCAGUACGAACACUUCAGGAAGGAGCUGGUCAACGCGCAGUGCGCCAAGUUCAUCGACGAGCAGCAGCUGCUGCACUGGCAGCACUACUCCAGGAAACGCACCCGGCUGCAGCAGGCGCUGGCCGAGCAGCAGCAGCCGCAGCAGCAGCCGCCGCCACACGGCAACGCCACCACCAAGUGACAAUGAUGUCACUGAACUGUGCAGAGAAACGUGUGUGGAUUAAAGCUGGACUGAUGCUGGAUUCAUGAGGCAGGUGUCGAAGUUUACGAGUUUAAAAAAGCACAUUCUCUGCAAGGAUCCGUCAAACCUGAGGGACGUUUUACAGAGAAACAAUAAACUUGACAGAUCUCUGAUCAGCUGAUGAUGACAUCACAUCAGACGGGUUGUCUGUGUCUUCAGUGUUUGGAUCCUCAUGUAGCGAACUUCAUACGGACAAAAUAAACGUUUGAACUUCCUGUUGGAAAUUUCAUGGUUAAAAAAAAAAAUCGACACUCAGUCGUUGAAUAUCUUCAGUUUUCCUCCUGAAACAGGAUGACAUCAUCAGGGGGAAGGACACGACUAUUUCCUGGAACUCAAACGUUUCAGUCACAGAUUUGUUCAUAAAAUUCAUCAUGGGAAGAAAAAUGAAAAUACAUCUCAUUAGAAGAUGCAUCAUUUUAAGUACCAGCGUCAUUUUUUCUUCCAGCUGGUUUGUCUCUAAAAGAUUUCCUUCCAUCCACUGAGUUCUGAUUUUUAACUUCAUUUCUGAGACUAAUUCUCAGAGUGGAUCUGUGACUGAAAUGUUGACGCAGGGCCGAGAGCUGUGACGUUCAGUCCUGGAUUCAGAGGAAGAUGUCAGAUUUUACUGGUCAAUAAUCAAUAAUAAGUGAUGACUGCUCCGACACGCUGCAUCCUGAUUCAUGUUUAUUUACACAUCCCUGAUCAUUAUUAUGAUUAUCAAUACUUUGCUUUUCUUUUUAAUAAAAUAUUUGAAACUUGAA